AUGUCGUGUAAAGGGCGACAGUUAGAUGGACAGUUCCUGGCACAUGCAGGCCCCCACUUGUUACUACCACAGUGUCCACCUCCAACUUCACUGGUCACUGGUACUGUGAAGGAUAAACGGAUGUCAGCAGAAAACAGCAACAAUUCGACUUGCACAGAAGGCCAGAAAUGUUCACGAUGUGGCUCAGAUGGCAAGUGCCAAAGUGAGUGUUUUGAUGGAUAUUAUGGCUCACACUGUAACCACAGAUGUAGCCAAGGAUGCUUAAACAGUACGUGUACGUUAAACACACAAAGUGGUGUCAGUAAGUGCUCUCAUGGAUGUCAGUUAGGGUUGUUUGGUCGAAGCUGUAGGGUACCCUGUAUAACUUCUUCACCUGGAUGUAAGAGAUGUGCAUCUAGAUGCGUUGGAUCUUAUUGCGUGCAAAAUGACAGCUGCUGGGGAAACUGUGUCGAUUCUUACUUUGGUUCCCAGUGUAAAUCAUGUUCUAACCAAUGUGAACUCUGUAACUACACGACAGGAGAAUGCCAAAGGUGUGCGGCCGGUUACACUGGAGGAAAGUGUGAGCAUGUGUGUAACAACUGUUCAGGACAUUGUACAACGGCACAAUGUACUACAUGUUUAACAGGGUAUUAUGGGCAACUCUGUGGUGACACAUGUAGUAUAAAUUGUGAUGUGUAUUCCAAUUCUACGAGUAGUCCUCCCAUACAAUGUGACAAAACGUCGGGGGAAUGUAAAUAUGGAUGUAAACGCGGCUGGUACGGUGAAAAAUGUAAUGAAGCAUGCAACAGUGGAUGUUAUCACCGUGAAUGUGACCAGAAGGGUGAGUGUAAACAUGGCUGUGUACUGGGCUAUUAUGGCCCGGGGUGCAUCCAUUGUCACCCAGGAUGUCAUGGAACGUGCGACACCCACAGCGGACACUGCGCUGAUGGAUGCAAGAAGGGAUACUACGGUUGGAACUGUAGCUUACACUGUGGAUCAUGUGUGACGAGUGUGUGCGAACAACAGACGGGAUUGUGUGUGGUUGGAUGUAAUUCCAUCUAUGACAAUGACUGUGACAAACUGUGCAAGGAGAACUGUUCUACGUCUGACAUAUGCCAGACAUCCAAGUGGUGCAGUGAUGCAAUAACUUCCUCGACAACAGAAUCAGAUCUUGAUACAAAAGUGUCUGUUGAACCUAACUACAUAUUGGACGUGGGAAUCAUCCUGGCUGUUCUGCUACUGAUUGUUGUUAUCCUAUUGCUGUUGCUUCUUCUGCGUAAAGCACCACAGUUUUGUCCACGGAGAAUAUUGUCCAACGGAAACGACCCAGAACACGCUGUGGCUGUUGAGGAAAUGCGUCAUAUGGAUACACGAUAUGAACCGCUGCAUCGGUACUGGGACAUAAACUAUAGUGACAUGCACAGAAACACGGCUGCGUCCCCUGAUGCUUCCCAAUCCCCUGUACACCCGUGUGAAGGUAUACAUAACGCAUCUGACGAAAAUGAAAGGGACACAGAUGUUGAACCUGACAUCGAUGGACCUCGAAACGAUAGUGAGAAAGAAUCAAGAGCAGUUGACAUUUAUGAACGAUAUUUGUCUCCUUGUAUGCCUGAACCUCUUUCGUAGUAUGUGAGUGCAUUGAUGCUAAAUGUUGUACAUAUGCACAGGGAUAUAUAAAACAGUUCCAUUUUUCUCAGCUAAGCAUCCCUUAAACCAGCUGUAGAUGUGGUUCAGUAGUUUUGAGACAUCACCUACUUACAAUCUGAAGACGUCCCUAUACACGAUGUUAGUUUAAGAGAUAGCUGAGAACAAGAAAGAAGUGGGCAAAGGUCACAUGACCCCGUUAUCCCCGCUGGUCAACAACAAAUAGUAAAUAGUUUGUAAAUAAAUGAAAUAUACCUGUUGCUUUAAGUCAGAGGAACUGCCCUUUCCUUUGUAACCCCAUGAGGAUGCAAUAUGUUUGAAGUGAACACAUGUUUUUGCAAAUAUAUUUCAAUCUAGUGGGAUAAUCAAUGCUUAGCACAACAUACAUUCUUGAUGUUUCUUAAUGUGUCCAUGGAAACGGCAAAAAUUAAAAAAUUAAAAAUCUUCAAACUAGCAAAAGGCACAAGUACUCAUUGUGGUAAAUGGGUGUAGCACGUUUGGUGA